GUCACGUGACCAACACAUAAAAAUCAAAGGUAUUUCAGGUAAUCUGGAAUAUCUAUAUAUUGAUUGUAUUAUGCUUCAGCAAUAUUAUCCGAAUUCUACAUGAAAUAAUCGGGUGAAGCUUGAGAGAGAGAGAGAGAGCAAGGCCGUAAGGUGAUAAUCUAGUCUAACCUAACCUUGCCGGUGUGGCGCACCGGCCUGAAGUUGUUUCAAAUUGCGCGCGGGGACAGUAGGCGCGACAAGUGUUCGCCGGGUGGUUGUAGCGCACGUUUUUUCUUUCGGCAUUCGCGUUGGACGUCGAUACGAUUGACAAGAAUGGGUGUCACCGUGUUGCAGCAGUAUCCGAUGAUCGAGAAUCGAACCGGCCCGCAGACGAUCGAGUUUCUCACGAAGAGAGUCGUCGCCCUCGGAGCGGUGCAGGUGGGACAGUUUCUGGUGGAUUGCGAGACGUACAUGUCGGUGCCGCAGCUUGGCGUUCAAAGGACCGUGCACGUGUUACACAAUUCGGAGCAACCAGCUUCGGUAUUCGCCCUCCUCGAGUCGGGUAGCAAAGUGGUACCAUUGAUAGCGGAUGGCCUGUUCGAUCUGCUGAUGUUAAAAAUGACGAACAUUUAUACCAGUAAGAAGCAAACGAAGAUCGAGUCCAAGGGUCCGCGAUUCGAAAUCGGCGAUUUUUGCGUCAAAUUGGGCAGCGUGACGAUGAGUCAAAAUUUCAAAGGCGUCCUGGUAGAAGUAAGUGACACUCCAUAUUCCUCUCGAAAAGAGAAGGAACUUCCUAAAAGUGACGUCGAAGAAUCGUCGGUCCGAUCGCUUUUUCUACGAAUCUGUGAUCCACGGAAAUUCCCGACUCUUUAAAGUGAUAUUCUUCAUUCCAAUCUGCUGACAGCUGAUCGUCGUUUCCGAUAUUUUUAAUUUGGCCUUCAAUUUUUUUUUUUUUUUUUAUAAAAAUUCACGUGAAAAAAGCCUGCUUUUAUAUCCAUACAGAAAAAGCAGAUAUCUCUUUGUUUUCGACCGUCGUUCCUCUUCCUUUGAUCAUCAUGAAUGAGAACGAGGGUAAUCUCCUGCAAUAUUCGAAUUCACGAGCGAAACAAUGUUGGUUUCGAAUUUCUGAAUUCCCAUCGAAUUCUUCGAGAAGGGACAUUUCGGAUGAAUCUCCUUCAUGCUUUCGGUGCCUUUCUUCCCCCUUGCCAAUCAGGCGAGCGUGCAUUAUCGAUUGACAAUUCGGACACGAGACUCCCCCUUUCCGCGCAAAUCGCGUAUGUACAUACACCGGUUAUAGAUACGCUUUAGGGGCGGAACGUGGACGCCACGCACCCCUCGUGCCGCAUGGCGAAUACGUGUCUCGCGUGUCAAACUCGGCACGCCCGAGA